GCCACGCAGACACCGCGCUUCCGGCGAGGCUCUCCUGGUCCAGGUUCUCAAGGCGGUGGCUCCUCGCCUUGGCCCGAAAUCGUCCAGCGCACGAUGGCCAGCAAAGUCGGACCCGAGCAUCUCUUCAACCCAGGAACCGAAGUGGAGGCAGCGGGAUCAUUGCUGGGUACCAAGAUCAACAUCCCAGCUCUCUUGCCCCAGGUCCCUGCCAAAGAAUGGCUGGAGCAGCAGAAGGCCACCAGCUGUACCUGGGCCAACUUCCUGGACCAGCGGCGUUUCGGGAAGCCCCGGAAUUUCGGGGAGCUCUGCAAGCGGCUCGUGCGUAACGUCGAGUAUUUCCAGAGCAACUACGUCUUUGUUUUCUUGGGACUCAUCGUCUAUUGCCUCAUCACGUCUCCUCUGCUUCUGAUUGCGCUCGCCGUCUUCUUUGGGGCCUGUUAUAUCAUCUACCUGAAGACGCAGCAGUCACAGCUGGUUGUGUUUGGCCGGGAACUCAGCACAGCCCAUCAAUACGGCCUAGCCGGAGGCAUUUCUUUUCCCUUCUUCUGGCUGGCAGGAGCCGGAUCCGCCGUUUUCUGGGUGCUGGGCGCCACUCUGGUAGUCAUUGGCUCCCACGCCGCCUUCCAUGAGCUGGAGUCUGGAGAGAGCGACGAGCUGCAGAUGGAGCCGGUGUGAAGCGGCCGGAGGAGGUUGGCCGGCCCCGACCCCCCCCCCCCCGUGCUUUCCGUGCCUCUUCUGUUGCAUCUGUAUAUAUGGACGAUGUUGUAUUGCGUUUUAUUUUCCUCUCCCUCUCUCUGCAAGAGCCUGUUCUGCAGGCUGCGGUCUGGUCUUCUAAACCUCUACCGUCCCCCCCCUUAAUUUUGUCCUUUCAAA